AUGAAACCAACAUCACAAUUGGCGAUUCUUUUAGUUUGUGCCCUCCUUGUUUCCUUAUCUCAUGCAGCUGAUGACUGUUUAGAUAAUAGCUAUGCCAUUCCAACAGCAAGCUUAAUCACAGUAAAUGGCAUUCCUUCAACUGUGGAUGAAGGUUUCUCCAUCCUCUGGAACACUGGUCUUAAAAUCAAAUCACCAUACUUUGUCAAUAUUUACUAUGGAUUGAACAAUGGCAAUUUCUUCUUGUUGAAGAAUUGUAAAUCCACUGCUAACAAUGGUAAUGCUUAUUGUGGAACUAAUAAUUUCUUGGCCUACAUUAGACACUCUUCAAAUGGACACAAUAAGAGAGUCAUUCAUCAAGUUUAUUCAAAUGGUACUUUGGCCGAAAGGAUUGGUUUGGAAUCAGAUGAUUACAACACUGUUUCUAAAGGUUGGUAUGUUAAGGCUGAUAACUGGACUGAUGUUUAUCAAUUCGCUUCAGGUGGUUCUGGUAGAACAUUCUGCAAAUCAUUCAGUAAUGGUGUUAUUGCUGUUGACAGAGAUGCUAGAGAACCAUGUUCAGCAUGUUUGGAAAAUUCAUACUCUGUACCAGCUUCUAGAGUUUUGCAAUGCCUGAAUUGA